GAUAUCGCCGCUCUCUCAAUUCUCGUUGCAGACGAGGACUCUGCCAUUCCGCAACAAGACAAAUCUCACCUCUCAACCCGAGCGUCUUCCGAUUCGGACUCUUUCCCAACUGCUUUCGAUACUAGCCUCUCGAACAACUUCACAACCACUACGUGCCCCAAUUUCUUCAAGUCUUUCCUCUCCAAUUCAACCAUCACCUCCUGUCAUGCCGUCUCCAUGCUUCUGCGUGAUUCCAGCUCCUUCUUCCAUGUUCUCACAUCGGCUACGCUGACCUCUGAACUCCUUGACACCGCGUGUGCCUCGAAUGUCACCGAUUGCGCGUCCAUUUUCUCUGCGCUCGCAGUCGAGUUGCUCAAGGAGGAUGUUUGCGGCAAGGAUCACUCCGCCGGCAACCCCCUGGUCACUAAUGCGUACACUGACAUGAUCACAUAUGAGCCAUUAUAUCGUGCUACAUGUCUUCAAUCACCUUCGACCAAGAAUUACUGUUUCGUGGAUGCGAUCAGUAACACCACCAACUCCGCCGAUUACGAUGUUUAUUUCCUCCCUUAUGGAAGCACUAUCUCCCCCUCCCCCUCGCCAACCUGCAAUAAAUGCCUUCAAGCUACUCUGGCUCUUUUUGCCACCUGGGCUGAGGUUGACGGCCAGCCCCUUGUCAAUUCUUAUAUCCCUUCUGCUGAGGCUAUCAAUACUGAUUGUGGGGAGAACUUUGCCAAUGUCAAUAUUACUGUCGGCUCCGAGAAGGUUAGCUCAGGCUCUGGCUUGGUUGUCCCAUUGCCGCAGUGGUCGACCUGGGGCCUUGUCACGUUUAGCAUAGGACUAGCC